UAAAAGAAAUCGUUCUUAAAUAAUAUUAAAACGCAUUUACCUGCUCCGUUCCGUCGUGGGUAAUAAAAGAAGAUAUAUUGCACAUCUGUUAUACAUGACUUUUCUUGGAACUUAUCUCAAACCUAUUACCAUGGCUAAUAAAUUAUUUCAAGCCACUGAUGCAGACCCUUUGAAGUUGCUUGAAGAAAUUAAUAAUUUAGGUAUUGCUGACCUAUUUAACCAUUUUAAUACCUCCAGCUCAACUGGAAAAGGCAGAAAAACAUAGUUUGUCUAACUAUCAUUUUGAAAAGUACGUCAUGGACGCAUCGUACAUGAAUUUUGGGUAUGCAUUCAAUGAAACGUCAGAACGCAUAACCGUUCACGAAUUUAAAGAUGUGAAGCAAAGGUGCAAAGAAUUUAUUAUGGAAAUCUGCAAGCAAAUACAGAUGAGACUACCAACUAACAUGAAAAGUUUAGAAAGUUGCAAGCUAAUGCCCAAAAAACGCGACGUCUCAAAUGAAACCCGACAUUACAAAUUUAGCCAAAUCUUGUAAGACCGUCUGCAAUGAUGUUGAUUCAGUGGUACAAGAGUGGGAUGCUUUACAUCAAACAACCUGGAAAUCCACGCAGAACACCGAAGAGUUCUGGGUUGAAGUGCAUGGCUUCAAAAAUGCAGUUGGUGAUAAAACUUACGGACAUGUAAGCAAAUUGGCAUUAGGAAUUUUGUCGUUGCCUUUGUCUAACGCGGUUGUGGAAAGAGCUUUCUCGCAGAUUGCGAUUAUUAAAGACAAACUGAGAAACAGAUUAGCCAUUGUAGUGUAUUGGCUGUGAAGUUGGUUGUCUCAUGCGCUUACGUCACGCAUGUUACUGUCAGUGGCGUUCCGACAGUUGCGCCGGAGCGGUCGGGUUGCGUGUUGUGGUGUUGGUGAGCCGCAAAUAAAUCCAAAUAGCAGUACAAUACAUGUGGCGAUGAGGACGAAAGUCACCCAAAGAUGUCACUUCUUACAUUGGAAAAGUUCGACUGUAAUGGUGAAUCAACCUCGGUAGGUGUACGAUGGGAACGAUGGAAGCGCGCAUUGUUCAUAUACUUAGAAGCGUCUAAUAUUGAAAAAGAUGUAAAGAAAAAGGCCUCUCUUCUGCAUUUCGGUGGCUUAGAUCUGCAAGAAGUGUUUUAUAACAUUCCUGGAGCUAAUGUCGAACCGAGUGAGGGAGGGGACGUAUUUAAAAUAGCAAUAUCUAAACUAGACUCAUACUUUGCACCAAAACAGAGCAAAGUCUAUGAGCGACAUACAUUCAGGCUGCUCAAGCAAGAACCCGACGAAAAGUUCGAGAAGUUCCUAGUCAGACUAAGGAAACAGGCUGAAAAGUGUCAGUUUGCGAGUCGAGAUGAAAACAUUAUCGACCAAGUAACGGAAAAAUGUCACUUACCAGAACUAAGGAAAAAGAUACUAAAGAUUGGAGAUGAAAUUACACUGGACCGAGUAAUCACAGAAGUAAACACACUAGAAAUUGUAAAUAAACAAUUAGAAGAAUUUAAAAACCCUACAAAAUCGAACGGGAACGAGGAAGUAAAUAAAGUGGGAAGAAAAGAUAAAAGAAGUUUUUAUAACCCGAAAAAUAUACAGCUAUCCCUAAAGACUCUCUGGACUUUUACAAGUCGUUAAAAGGAAAAGAAUCUGAGGAAGAUGUGUUAGGGUACGGAGCGGAACCAGAUUUUGAGGUGGAGCUGGAGCUGGGUGAUGAUGAGGAAAAAUAGAAAUUAGAUUUUUAGAAUAUUGUAUUUUUUAAUUAAUACGUAAUUUGUUAAAUAA